AUGGUGAUGAGAAAUUAUCGUCACAACACCAUCAUCUAUUUAAAGUGUCUGUCAGAUGAGGAUUGUUGGUGUAUAUUUCAACGGCAUGUUAAUGAGUUUUCUAACGUUUCUGAGAUGCGGGAUGAUAUAGUCCACAAAUGCAAAGGAUUACCUUUGGCUGCAAAAACUCUUGGAGGUCUCCUACGAAAGGCAAUAGAUAAAAGUCAUCGCCAAAGAAUAUUAGAUAGCAAUAUUUGGAGCGAGGAGAGCAGUGUUUUACCGGUUCUAAGGUUGAGUUAUCAUCAUCUUCCAUCUCAUUUGAAGCAUUUAUUUGCUUAUUGCUUUAUGCUUCCCAGAGAUUACCAUUUUCAGGAGAUGGAGAUCAUAAAACUUUGGAUGGCUCAGGGCUUCCUACCAGAAAACAAGAAUGAAAGAAUAGAAUAUGUAGGCCACAAUUGCUUCCUUGAUCUAGUAUCAAGGUCAUUAAUUGAGGAAUACACACCUGAUGUAGAAGAAUUCAUAUUUGAGGAAGGUCCUAGAAUGUUCACUAUGCAUGACCUCAUCCAUGAUUUGGCAAAAUGGGCUGCAGGUGACCUCCGUUAUGUAACAGAUACUGUGAAUCUGCAUAAUGUUCUGAAAAGAACGCGCCAUAUGUAUAUGUAUGUGACAGAUACUGGUGUAAAUGAAGUAGUAGAGAAUCAACUCUUUGCUUCUCAUCUACGAACUUUUCUAUAUUCAUCCUCUAAUGAUCUGAAUAUUGAAAUGUUGAAUUAUAUUCAACACUUCAGAUAUUUACGCUCUUUAUGUCUAUCUUCGAUGAAAAUCAAAGAGUUGCCAGAUUGUAUUGGUGAUUUGAAGCACUUGAAGCUUCUUGUUGUCUUAUUAAAGCAAAUCAAAGUGUUGCCAAAGUCAAUCAGCAAACUCAGAAACCUCCAAACACUAGAGUUGAGUCGGUGUUCUUAUCUUCAGGAGAUCCAAAGUGUUGGAUUCCUCGUUAAACUUCGCCAUCUAUCCGUUGAUUAUACCAGAUUAAAAGAGAUGCCGCUGGGAAUUGAGAAACUAAAAAUCUUGCAGAGUUUAGAUAAAUUUGUCUUGGCACCUAAGGAAGUUGAGGAUGCAGUGGAAGCGCGAUUGCAUGAUAAAGAUAGUGUAGAUAGGUUGCAUCUGAAAUGGGAAAGGUGUUGGUAUGAGGUUGAUGACAACACUAAAAGAGAUGUUCUUGAGAAGUUGCGGCCUCACACUUCCAUCAAAGAGUGUAAGUUGGAUGGGUACAGGGGCUCAACACUCCCAAGUUGGUUGGGAGAUCCUUCUUUCAUCAACAUGGUUCACAUAAGACUUGAGGAGUGUGAGAAAUGUGAAUUCUUGCCUCCGUUAGGGCAGCUAUCCUCAUUAAAGAGUCUUCUUGUCAAAGAUAUGAAUGGUAUCACAGAAAAGUGGGUGCACUCACCAGUUGACAACAUCGGCGGAGCAUUCCCCCUCCUUGAAAUGCUUUCCAUUAAGUAUUGUUUGUCAUUGCAAGGCAAUUUACUUCCUCAUUUGCCUUCUCUUAGAACACUAGAAAUCAAAGAAUGCAAGAAUUUAAGUGUGUCACUUCCAAGCCUUCAUCUGCUAGAAGUGUUAAAUGUAGAUGGAUGUAAAAUAUUGUCUACAACUGCGGAUGUCAUUUUCUGUUCAAAACGGAUGAUUCUUUGCAAUAUAUUGGAGAUUAUUAGCUUAAAUUGGAGUUUUCCAUACCUUCAUGAAGAGAUUUCCAUUGUCAAUUGCUUGUCUGUUCCCAUCACCAUUGACCAGAUAUCAAUGAUGCUUCGACGGCUUAAGAUUUGUAACUGCAGGGAACUACAAUUCUUAGAAUUGAAGAAUUUGUCUUCCUCAACUUCUCGUCUUGAGGAACUUAGUGUUGAUGAGUGUGAGUUUAUUGUCUCUAUUAGUCAUAUUCCCUUGACUCUACAAUCGUUGGAGAUUGAUGACUGUGAGAAGCUGAGGUAUGAAGAAUUUAAUGAACUACAUUUUUCUCUUGAAAGUGACAAUGAUUUGAAAACUGAAGAAAGCAUUGGAGUCUCCCCAAAGGAUAUAUUAGAACUUAUUCUUCUCACCAAAUUGAUAAUACAAAGAUUCCCAAGUCUAAUAUCAUUACAAAAAGGCCUUCUUUUCCCAGCUUUACAAACACUUGAUUUGUGGGAUUGUGAAAACAUGGAAAUUCUUCCUGGUCAAUUUCUCAAUAAGGUUGAAGAAUACCUCAGAAUACUUCACUUUCCAAAAGGCUCUCUUCAUUUACUUAGAAAUCUUUCUCUUCAGAAUGUAGGCUGCUGUGCAGACUUAGUAGAGUGUCUUCCGUGCCUAGAUUUUCCUCUCCCGUCUUCCUUGUCACAACUAAAUAUCAAGAGUUUUCGAUAUUUGAAAACUAUAGCCAAUGGAAACACCCUUCCCAACCUCACUGAUCUUCAUGUUAGUGAUUGCCCAAAGCUUGUAUCCUUGGUUAGUGACUUUACCUCGCUUACAGAAUUAUCGCUGGAAAGUUGUCCAAAAUUCUGCAACUUCAUAGCAGGUUUAUCCAAUGUGAGGCAACUUUCAAUUUCAGGAACUAACAUAGAAAAACCAAUACAAGAGUGGGGAUUGCACCUUCUAACUUCCCUUCAAAUUCUUAAACUUAAAAAUAUAGGCAGCUCAAUAGAGUGCAUAAGCGGUCUUGAGCUUCCCUCUUCCCUGUAUAAGUUACACAUUGCGGGCUUACCAAAUUUGACAACAUUGUGUUGUUCCACUCUUCCCAACCUGACCAAUAUUGAUAUCUACUCUUGCCCCAAGCUUGAAUCCUUUGGUGACAAUGGCCUUCCUCCACGCAAUGAUCAUGUGUUUAUUAGUAACUGUCAUAUGAUAGAACAACAUUUGAGAUAUGAUCCGAAUGGCCUUAUACUUACACUUUGUGGAAGAUGCUCCCUGCCUCUAUCUUGA